GAUCCCCCCACGCAAAACCCUAGCUUUCAAAUCCAACCGAAUCACCCUCCCCCGCGCGGAUUAUUCCCGCCAUCUCGCGCUCCUGCUCCGAGGAUCUGCUCCUCGCCGGCGCCCUCUCCGGCGAGAGCUUGGCGGGACUUCGACUCCUGCCACUGGGUCCGUCGAUUUUGAUGGGCGCGAAGCUUACCCGAGAACCGGAAGGAAUCCUGGACGACAAGAUGGUUCUGCUGGAGUAGUGAGGUUUUUGUGUUGGGUAGGGUCUGGGCUUGGACGAGGCUCGAGUUGAGCUCGUCGUGGGGAGGCGAUUUGUACGGUAUUUGCUCUUCCUAGCGUGGUUGCUUCGGUUCGGGUUUGCACCGCUGCAAAUUUGAGUUGCAGGAUCUGCGCUUGCUGUGGUGUUUCCUGGCGCGGUUUGUAUGCAAUGCAGUUCGAGGAUCGGGGAGAUGGUGUUGGUGCCGGUGAUGGUGAAGAUGGUGGCAGAGUCAGAGUGGAUGAACUUACCAGAUGCCUACGCUGUGGCAUCAGUGCAAAUGCGACGCCUCAUAUGCGCCGUGGUCCAGAGGGACGGAGGACUUUAUGCAAUGCUUGUGGGAUAGCAUGGGCAAAGGGAAAAGUGCGAAAAGUUAUUGAUUCUGAUACCCCCAUGGAUAAUGCCACAUUCGCACAAAUGGUUCCAGAACUUGGCAUGGAAUUUGAUGAUGAAGAUAGAGCAUAUGAGUUUUACAAUAAGUACGCUGGACAUGUGGGCUUCAGUGUUCGUAAAAGUUCAUCGGACAAAUCAGCUGAAAACAUCACAAGGUCAAGAACCUUUGUAUGCUCGAGAGAAGGUUUUCGUAAGGACAAGAAAGGAGCUAAGGAAGUCAAAAGACCAAGGCCAGAAACAAGAAUAGGGUGUCCUGCGCGGAUGUCGAUUAAGAUUACAUCAGAUGGCAAAUAUCGAAUCUCUGAGUUUUUACCAGAUCAUAACCAUCAGCCAGCACCCCCAUCAACCAUGCAUAUGCUGAGAUCUCAGAGGAUACUCACUGAGCUGCAAACAACUGAAGCAGAUUCCUCAGAAGAUUCAGCAACAUUAUCAAGGUUUUCUAGUUACUCUUUGGUGAAGCAAGCAGAAGUAAUUAGAGGUAACAUUUUUCUCCCUGCUGAUUACAGGUGCCAUCUUCGUUCAAAGCGCAAGAAAAAUAUGCGAGCUGGUGAUGCAGGAGCAGCUGUGAAGUACCUGCAAAGUAUGCAGCUAAACAACCCUUCUUUCUUUUAUGCUGUCCAGCUUGAUGAGGAUGACAAACUGACAAACAUUUUCUGGGCUGAUUCUAAAUCUAGAACUGACUUUAGUUACUACGGUGACGUGAUCUGUUUGGACGCAACCUACAAGAUAAAUGAACAUGGGAGACCGUUAACAUUAUUCCUUGGAGUGAACCACCACAAGCAAAUUUGCAUAUUUGGUGCUACCUUGCUUUAUGAUGAAUCAGAAGAGUCAUUCAAGUGGCUAUUUGACACAUUCAAGGUUGCUACAAAUGGAAAGCAGCCAAAAACAAUCUUGACAGAUUGGUCUUUGGCAGCAACUAUAGCUGCUGCGACAACAGCAGCUUGGCCAGGAACAGUUCAUUGCCUUUGUCCAUGGCAAGUGUACCAAAACUCUGUCAAGCACCUUAAUCACAUCUUCCAAGGCUCCAAAACAUUUGCCAGGGAUUUCGGAAAAUGUGUUUAUGACUACGAGGACGAAGAGACCUUCUUGCUUGGAUGGAAAAGUAUGGUAGAGAAGUAUGAUCUAAGAAACAAUGACUGGAUUAAAAAGUUAUUUGAUGAUCGUGAUAAAUGGUGUCCAGUAUACAAUCGGCAUAUAUUCACCGCGGAUAUAAGAAGUUCGUUGCAGUCAGAAAGUGUUAGCAGUGCCUUGAAUAAGUCCUUGAGUCCACAGUUUGACCUGUUGUCUUUCUUUAAGCAUUAUGAAAGAGUGCUUGAUGAGCAUCGUUAUGCAGAGUUACAGGCUGAUUUUCAUGCAAGCCAAAGCUUCCCUAGAAUUCCUCCAUCCAAAAUGUUGAAACAGGCCGCUAACAUGUACACACCCAUGGUCUUUGAAAUUUUUCGCAGGGAGUUUGAGAUGUUUGUCGAUUCUAUGAUUUAUAGCUGUGGUGAGGUUGGAAAUGCAUUCAAGUAUAGAGUAGCAGUAACAGAUAAGCCUGGGGAGCACUAUGUUAGGUUUGACUCUGCCAUGUUAUCUGCUGUGUGCAGUUGUAAAAAAUUUGAAAUGAUGGGUAUCCAGUGCUGUCAUGUGUUGAAAGUUCUUGAUUUCAGAAAUAUAAAGGAGUUACCACAAAAAUAUUUCAUGAGGAGAUGGAAGAAGGAUGCCAAAUCUGCAAGUACAGGCAAUCAAGAAUUUCUGAAUGGUGUAGUUUCACAAACUCCAAGUUCUUUGUUGAAUGUUCCCAUGCCAUUUAUAGAUUCACAACAUGUGCAAUCAAGUAGCCAGCUUAACCAUGACACUUCUGUAUCUAACUUCCACCAGCAAGCCCUUCAUGGGGGUGCAGAGGGAAGUCAGGGUUAUGUUCCCUUGGCAGGGAUGCAGCAGCAGGAGCAGCAGCCGUUUAUUGGAAGUUUCCGUCUGAACCAUGAAACAUGUUUUUUAUGAAAAACAGAACUGGCUCUUUUGCCCUGUUGUAUCAAAAACAUUUUUUUGCUCUGAUAUUCCAAAGACAAUGACACAAGACAUUGAAACAGUCACUGCCUUUAUAAUUCCCUUGUAAAUUCUAAUUCAGUAGUUUUCAGGAAACUAUAUUCAGAGUUUAGAUGCUGUUAGUUGGACCUUGAAGAAGGUAUCCAUUGUCAUAUGUAUGAUUGUUGGCCUAAAAUAAGGUUGUUAUUACUUCAUCUCUGAAUAGUAUAUACUUACUGUUAUACUUCUGGUAGUUUUGGAUAACCUUUCAAUUACUUUCGCUGCCAAAUGGAC